CAGAAGUCAGAUGUGAAGCCGUGCUCUUUGUGUGAAUUUUCUUGUGUUUGUCAGUUAAUUAAAUUGAAUAUUUCCCUGAUCAAUUACAACUUUGUCGUGAAUAUUGAGACUCAGAGAAUAGUGAACAGUGUGAAAAAAUUCGAAAUAACUUUCAUUUUGUUGAAUUUAAGUACAUUUUAAUACAAAGAACGAGACUGCUUCUACAAUUAUCGAUCGAUUUGUUCUUUUAAUAAUUAAAUUGUGUUAUCAUCAACAACAUGCAAAAUAUUUUAUUAAUUUCCGCUUGAAUGAAUAAAGUCAUCAACAACAUAAUUUUACCAUUUGACCUAAUAAACACAUCAGUAGACUAAAAUGGCUACAUUGUCACUCAAAAUUAGCCUUGAAGGUGGCCGAGUCACCAAAACGAUACAAUUCGAUCCGCAAACAACGAUAUUCGAUGCAUGCAAAAUUAUCAGAGAUAAAUUUGCAGAGGCUGUACAAGGAGAACCAUCCGAGUAUGGUUUAUUCGUGUCCGACGAAGACAAUAAGCAAGGCGUUUGGCUAGAGUCUGGCCGUAAUUUAGGAUACUAUUUGCUACGAAAUCAUGAUCUACUGGAAUAUAGGCGAAAGUUGCGUACAUUACGUGUCCGUAUGUUGGAUGGUGCUGUUAAAACGAUUUUAGUCGAUGAUUCGCAACCAGUGUCGCAGUUGAUGGUCGUAAUUUGUACGAAAAUCGGUAUCACAAAUCAUGAAGAAUAUGGAUUGGUACGUGAGGAAGUCGAUCAACAGAACGAAAAUCUACCUGACAAUAAAACUGGUACCUUAACAUUGAGACGAAAGUUUGCAGAAAAGGAGAGGGAUGCUAAAAUGGAAAGUUUGAGGAAAAAGUUGAAAACGGAUGACGAGAUCAAUUGGGUGGACAUCGGAAAAACAUUGCGUGAACAAGGCAUAGACGAAUCCGAAACCGUUUUGCUGCGACGAAAAUUCUUUUUCUCUGAUCAAAAUAUUGAUUCACGGGAUCCAGUCCAAUUAAAUCUAUUGUACGUGCAAGCACGUGAUGCCAUUCUUGACGGAACGCAUCCAGUAACACAAGAAAAAGCCUGUGAAUUUGCUGGUAUUCAAGUACACAUACAAUUCGGAGACUACAACGAAAAUAAACACAAACCGGGAUUCUUAGACCUGAAAGAAUUUCUUCCUCCAUCAUAUUCACGGGUCAAGAACAUCGAAAAGAAAGUUUUUGCUGAACAUCGUCGGCAUAUCACAAUGUCGGAAAUUGACGCUAAAGUAUUGUAUACGAAAACUGCCCGAGAACUACCGACGUACGGCGUCACCUUUUUCUUGGUGAAGGAGAAAAUGACUGGCAAAAAUAAAUUGGUACCGCGACUGUUGGGCGUUACCAAAGAUUCGGUAUUAAGAUUGGACGAACGCACAAAGGAAAUAUUGAAAGUUUGGCCGUUGACAACUGUACGACGCUGGGGUCCAUCACCAAACACAUUCACGUUGGACUUCGGUGAUUAUGCCGAUCAAUAUUACUCAGUCCAGACUACCGAGGCCGAGCAAAUCGUUCAACUGAUCGCCGGUUACAUUGACAUCAUUUUGAAAAAGAAGCAAAGCAAAGAUCAUUUCGGCAUCGAAGGUGACGAGGGAUCCACUAUGGUGGAAGAAAGUGUGGCUCCGUCGAAAGCAACAUAUUUGCAACAUGAGACGAACAAAAUCGGUAGAAUAAAUACUGAAUCGUUGGCUAUGCCGGUCAUUAUGAGAGGAUCCGACGGCGAAAGAUCGUAUACACACGGCGACAUGCAAACAGUUCAAUACGGCGCUAUCGUUGGUCAAGUGAAUUUGGCUCAUCAACCUCCAACGUUGAAAGAAGCCCGAAUCAGUUCUGUCUUGAGUGAACCGCAACGAGCUCUUUUGGGUUACAUUUCGUCUGGUCAAGAAGCCAUUUCGCGGGCCGAAACGGAACUGAUGACGAAGGUUCCGAUACCAGAUCUUGGCUACGAUGCCCAAUCGAUCGAAUGGCGUGAAACGAAACUGGAUACGUCUAAGCAAGCCGUUACCACCCACAUAGCAACAAUGAACGCUGCAACAGCUCAAGUGGUUACUGCAUCGCAACCGGAUGACGUUGAUCAUGAAGCAGUUGGUGCCGCUGUAUCCCAAAUUGCUCAGAGUAUACCAGAGGUCACCAGAGAAGUUCGAUUGAUCGCAGCAUUGAUGGAAGACGAUAACAAUGGCGAUAAAUUACUCGAAACAGCGAGGAAAUUGUGCAAUGCCUUGAGCGACUUACUGAAAGCUGCCGAACCGGAAAGCAAGGAACCAAGGCAAAGUCUGUUGAAUGCUGCGAGUCGAGUGGGUGAAGCUAGUGGUCAGGUUCUGCACACGAUUGGCGAAGAGACUGCAGAGAAUCGGGAACUUCACGACAUGUUGUUGGCGUUGGCUAAAGCUGUUGCAAAUACUACAGCUGCUUUGGUUUUGAGAGGAAAAGCGAUCGCAGCUGAUUGCGAAGAUGAUGAUUUACGAAAUCAAGUCAUUGGUGCGGCUGGUCAAUGUGCUUUAGCUGCGUCUCAAUUGGUUGCAUGUGCCAAAGUUGUAGCACCAACCCUCCAAAACGCUGCAUGUCGAGGACAGUUAGAAGCCGCUGCCCGUGAAGUAGCAAAUACGGUUACAAAAUUGGUCGAAAUAUGCAAUCAAGCAACAAACAAUAAAGAGCUCAAGGGUCAUCUACUUUUGGCUGCCAAGGAAGUUUCCAAAACUUUGACUGAUUUGCUGGAGCACAUAUCGUUGGCGUCCAGAGAAAGAGCAACGCGAUUGUCUGAAGAACCAAGUCCCGUUGAAAGUGUUCUAGUCGCCACAGAUUUGCUUGUUUCUUCAUCCGAUCCACAAGAAAUGGUUAAACAAGCACAUGCUCUAAGUCAUGCCACAUCAUACCUUAUUCAAAGUAUUAAAGGUGAAGCUGAACAACAACAGGAUUCAGAAAUGCAACGUCGAUUAUUGGCUGCAGCUAAGCAGCUAGCCGAUGCUACUGCUAAAAUGGUUGAAGCUGCACGAUUAUGCAAAAGUAGCCCGAGUGACACAACUCAUCAAGAAGCUCUGCGUGUUGCUGCCGAAGAAUUGCGUGACAUAACAACCAUCAAUGCGAAUACACCACAAAUGAAGCGGAAAUUGAUUGGUCGCCUAGAACAUUGUGCUAAGCGUGCAGCUUCCUGUGCCACUCAAUGUAUAUCCGCGUCGCAAAAUGCUGUUCAAUACAGUGUUGAUCGACAGACAAAAGAACAACUGCUACAAGAUUGUCGUAGAGCAGCUGACAUGAUUCCUCGCCUUGUGAAUGGCGUUAAAAGCUCAUUGCAAAACCCAGACGAGUCGUCAGCUCAGCUCGGACUCAUUGAAGCUUCCGAACAAUUUGUUGAGCCGGGAACAUAUGUCUCGUCUUCAGCUAGAGCAUUUUAUCCCACUGUACAAGACCACAAUGCUUCCGAACAAUUAUCUCGAUGUGCCAACGAAUUAAGUCUGUCCGUUCACGAACUAGGAUCGGCUGCUGCAAGAGCUAGAGAAGCAUGUGGUGGACAAGAAUUGGAAUCAGCCAUUGAAGCGAUAUACAAUUUGCGAAAUGUAUUGAAUGACACCAGAGUUGCUGCGAAUCAAGACACUUUAAGACCACUUCCAGGAGAGACUGCCGAAUUAACUUCGCAACAGUUGACCAACAAUGCUAAGGGUGUUGGUAUUUCAAUGUCACAACUGUUAUCAGCUGUCUCACAAGGUGAGCGCUUGUAUGCUGGCGCUGCUGGUCGUGACACUGCCCUAGCGUUGGGAGAAUUUACGAAAAGUGUUCGAGGCGUCACUGCAACAGGUGGUAAUUCUGAUAUAAUUGAUCAUGCCGAUAAGGUAAUCAUGUGUUCAGCAAAAUUGGUGGAAGAAGCUCAGAGAACGCUUCAAAACGUUGGUGAUUCACAAUCGCUUACAUAUGCGGCAAGAGAAGUAACCCACGCAAUUACAAAAUGUGUCGAAUGUUUGCCGGGACAACGAGAAGUUGACGAUGCUUUAAGAAAUGUCAACGAAGUCAGUGAGAUCGUGAAUAUGGGCGAAUUUCCAAAAUCCGAUAAAUCGUACAUGCAACUCCAAAAUGAACUUAAAAUCGCUGCUGAUAAUUUGAAUCAAGCCGGUGGGGAUGUCGCGAAAGCCUACUCCAGUCCAGCAUGGCUAGCAACGGUUUCCCAGAACUAUAGUAUCGUUUACAAGGACCUUUUGUAUGCUGCCUUAGAGAUGGCUGGUCAAACUCAAGAUCAAACGGCCCAAAAUAAUAUGAUAAGCGGACUGAGAGGAGUAUCUGCUACGUCUGUUUCGUUACUGUCAACUGCUAAGUCUAUUGCUGCAGAUCCUGGACAACCAAAUGCAAAAAAUCAAUUGUCAACAGCCUCUCGGACAGUUACCGAAAGUAUCAAUUAUUUGGUGGAUGUCAGUACACAGGCAGCUCCAGGUCAGAAAGAAUGUGACAAUGCAAUUCGAUCAAUUGAAGCUCUCCGACCAAUGCUUGAUCAUCCACACGAAUCGCUCACCGACCAAGGCUACUAUGAUUGUGUUGAAACCGCUACCGAAAAGUCUCGUUCGCUCGGUUAUGCCAUAUCUGGAAUGAUCGACAAUGCUAAACAGUCAAAACAUGUUGAGUUCGGUCAUUCAGUCAAUCAAGUUUCUGACUCGAUUCGCGGUUUAAUAGAAUCGGGUGCACAAGCAGGAUAUCUAAUCGGAGUAUCACAUCCCACUAGCGCUACCGGUCGUCCUGGUAUCAUUGAUCAAGCACAACUCGCGCGUGCAUAUCAAGGAAUUCGACAAAAUUGCGACAUUGUCAGCAGCAUGAACACAACUAAACAACAGAAGAUUACGGCUUUGACUGUAAUAGCCAAACACACCUCAUUUCUAUGUACCGUUUGUCGGAAAGCAAGUCUCAGUACUGCGAAUCCAGUAGCGAAAAAUGAAUUCAUUGAAGGGGCGAAGCUUGUAGCCAACACAACGGCUGAUUUGGUACAAGAAGUCAAAGGAUUGGAGGAUGACUACAGUGCUCCAUCGAAAGAGAAAUUCGUUGAACCACUCCUAGAUGCUGUAAAUUCAUUGUGUCAAUACGCUUCAAGUCCCGAAUUCAUAUCGAUUCCGGCUCGCAUAUCAGCUGAAGGACGCAAAGCACAAGAACCAAUUCUACAAGCUGGUCGCGGAGUUUUGGACGGUGUUAUUGAAAUGGUCAAAGCUGCAAAGUCAUUAGCUGUAGCUCCAGAAGAUCCACCAGUAUGGCAACAGUUGGCAAUGCACAGUAAACCCGUGUCCGAAAGUGUGAAGAAACUCGUCGACAACAUCCGUGAUAAAGCACCGGGUCAGUAUCAAUGCGAUCAAGUGUUGGAGACCUUGACGAAAUGUUCGCGAGAACUUGACAGUGCCACAAUGUCGCUCGGUAAUCAAGGUUUGCAGAAGAGAAAUGACAAUAACUUGAAGGGAUUCACCAAAGUAGUACUUAGCUCGUCCUCUGAAUUGCUUGAAAAGUUGGAACCAAUUCGUAUGGCAGGAAAGCGCAAUGCCGAAAAUUUGGGUCAUGCUGUCGAAGAAAUUUCUCGGUACAUUGUGCCAAUGACAACAUCAGCUAUUGGUGCCAGUACCCAUGUGGUGCAUUCAAGUCAACAAAUGGUGUUCAUCGAUCAAACGAAAUCGGUCGUCGAAAGCGCAAGAGAACUUGUACAAGUUGCUAAAGAAGCCGGUGGUAAUCCAAAAGCUACUCAUCUUCAUCCCCGUCUAGACGACGGUGUCGAUAAUAUGAGAGAAGCAAUUCUAGAAUUGAAUGCAACAGUUGAAAAAUUAUCGGCCGAAAGUGGUGUCGUUAGCGGAUUAAUGGAACAAAUAUCUCGUUCGAUUGCACGCAUUACAGAUAAACGACAGUCACUCCAUGGCGUAUCUAUAUCCGAAGGAUUCGUUGACUACCAGACGAGAAUGGUUCAAAAUGCUAAAGACAUUGCUCGACUGGCGAAUGAAAUGAAUGCCAAAGUGGCGUUAGAUCCAUCGAAAUUGGCACAGCUAUCCGUUGAUAUGACACACCAUUACAACCAAUUGGCACAGGAUUCGAUUGGAGCUUCAUACACAACAUCGUCACCCGACUCAUCGAUUCGCAUCAAAACAUCAGUAUUAGACUUGGGACGAUCUGUUGGUACAUUGAUUCAAGCCGGCGCUGGUGUUCAACCAGACGAUCCAUCUGGUCAGGCAGAAGUUGGACGCGGUGCUCGUGAUGUCACCGAGAAAGUAUCACAAGUUUUAGCUGCAUUGCAGGCCGGCUCACGUGGUACUCAAGCAUGUAUCAAUGCUGCCAGUACUGUGUCUGGAAUCAUUGGAGACUUGGACACUACGAUCAUGUUUGCUACAGCUGGUACUUUAAAUUCGGACGAUGAUGGAAACUUCGCUGAUCAUCGCGAGCAUAUAUUGAAAACUGCUAAGGCUCUUGUCGAAGACACUAAGGUCUUGGUAGCAGGUGCGGCAGGAUCUCAAGAUCAAUUGGCAGCAGCUGCACAAAACGCUGUUACAACCAUUUUGCAAUUAGCUGAUGCUGUUAAACGUGGUGCAUGUAGCUUGGGAUCAGGUCAACCUGACUCUCAAGUUAUGGUGAUCAAUGCCGUUAAAGAUGUGGCCGCCGCUCUGGGUGAAUUAAUUAAUGCUACAAAAUUGGCAUCGGGCAAACCAAUUCAUGAUCCGGCCAUGCAAGAUUUGAAAGAAACUGCACGGGUGAUGGUAUUGAAUGUAUCAUCGUUACUGAAAACGGUCAAAGCUGUCGAAGAUGAACAUACUCGUGGAACGCGAGCAAUGGAAGCGACAGUUGAAGCGAUUUCACAGGAAAUAAAGACAAUACAAUCACCGCUUGCACCGGGUACAGUUCCCUCAACACCUGAAGAUCUAAUUCGUGUCACCAAAAAUGUGACCAUAGCAACUGCAAAGGCGGUUGCUGCCGGAACAUCAAAUCUACAAACUGACAUUGUUGCAGCCGCCAACAUUGGACGUCGUGCCAUAUCGGAAAUGCUAUCAGUAUGCCGUUCGGUUGCAUGGAGCUGUGCCGAAACGUAUGAUUUACGUCAGCGUACACUAGAUGCCGGUGCAUCAGUUGCAAUAUCGUAUCGAGAUUUAUUGCAAGGAGUACUGAAGGGAUGCAGUGCCGACGAUCGAAUGCAUUUGUCACGACGUGUGGCCAAAUGUGUUACGGAUUUGGUAGCAAUGGCGCAGUUGCUUAAAGGAUCGGAUUGGAUUGAUCCGGAAGAUCCUACGGUUAUUGCUGAAAAUGAAUUGUUGGGUGCUGCUGCAUCAAUUGACGCUGCCGCCAAGAAAUUGGCAAACUUGAGACCGAGACAACAAAACGAUAUUAAGGAAGCGGACGCAAACUUACAAUUCGACGAAAUGAUAUUGGAAGCUGCUCGUGGCAUCAUGGCUGCCUCGUCGGCAUUGGUGAGAGCUGCAAAUGCUGCACAACGCGAACUGAUCGAUCAAGGAAAAGUGUCUCGUACUCCGUUAACCUCAUCCGAUGAUGGACAAUGGUCUGAAGGACUAAUAUCAGCUGCUCGACUAGUCGCAGCUGCUACACACAGUUUGGUGGAGGCUGCCCAAAAUUUGGUGCAAGGAAUCGGCACCGAAGAAAUGCUUAUUUCGUCAGCCAAACAAGUCGCUGCCUCUACAGCCCAGCUUCUAAUUGCGUGCAAAGUCAAAUCAGAUCCAAACUCAGAAACUGGACGACGGUUACAAUCGGCUGGUAAUGCUGUCAUUAAAUCUACGGACAAUUUGGUUCGGGCCGCUCAGCAAGCAAUUGACAUGGAGGAGGAACAUAUUCUGAAAAUCAAUACCAGCAUGGUUGACGGUAUGGCACAAGAAAUUAAUGCUCGCUCGGAAGUGUUGAAAAUGGAAAAGAAACUGGAAGAUGCUCGGAACAAAUUAGUUGCCAUCAGACAAGCUAAGUAUCGCCAUAAAGUGUCGGCUGGCCUAACCGAUGAGAGUGACGGCGAAGGGUAUCAACAGCCGUAUUAUCAAAAUCCUCAAUCAUACCAAACAUCGUCGUCUCCGCAACACUUCCACGUAGCAAAUCGAUCACAAAACGUAACGCCACCAUCGCCAAGUUUUCACAAUAUGUCCACGUCAACCACCUACCAGCAAAACAAUCAGCAAACGAGUCCGCGAUCAAAUCGAUCGCACGUGCUAACAGCCAAUUCAAUCCCGAAACCAUAUCAACCAUCGUCUGAAUCGUCAUUUCAACCGGUACAACAGAGUCCCAUAUUCAAUCGCUCAUUCAACGGCAAUUCAUCAACGCAAAGUCAAGCGAAUGAUCACAGUUCGUCCAGUCAAUCCUAUCAACCGGUCCAACAACUAUACGGCCAAGUGCAAAAGAAUCCACAACUGGAAGCCUGUGUCCAAGAUUUACACGAGAAAACAUUCGGCCGAAGCGGAGUAUUACCAAUGAGCACAUUCAAAACAACAUCGACAUCGUCUAGCAGCGGUCCAGCUUUUCAGCAACAUCCAAACGAUAAAUCUUUUGACGGAUAUACAACGAGAUACGAAUCAAAAACGUUCAGUUCCAGCGAUGGACAACCCAUAAGUUCCAUAAACGAUGGCUUCUCCAACAUGACCUUAUCCUCUGAUGGCAAUAAUGUACGAAUAACCGACACCGGUUCGAAUCGAUUAGCGUCGAUGACGCAACGAGUAAUGGAACGAAAAACAGUCACAACAUCAUCCGAAUCGAGAAUGGAAAAGCAAAACAAGCAACAUUCGUAUCGAUUGGAGUAAGGGUUCUGGAGCCAGCCCCACUGUUAGUGUGACUUUGUAUCGUUGUUGUGUAAUUAAAUAUUAAGUUUUUUGUUUUUGUUUAAUUUACAAUAUUCACAAAGUGCCAGACUAAACAAUUUUUUAUAUAUAUUUUCGAUUUUAUAAUCCCAAUGUGGCCUUCAUCGUUUGCCAUUAGUGACUACUAAGUCUAAUACCAAAAGUGCUAAAAAAAAAAUUGUUUUUAUUUUGAUCUAAUCGUUUGUUGAUGGUCUAAAAAGUCUUUUUUUUAUAAUUUCAAUCUACCAUGGGAAGUCAAUAUAGAAGCCGUGGUAAUAAGUGCCUGUAACCAACACAUAAUAGAGUAUUUCUAAUGACAAAACACGUCCGAAUGGAAGUGUCAUUAGAGGCUCUGACUCUACUUAAAACUGACGAUUUUUUUCGAUUUGUUUAACAGUAGCUGUUUAAGGAUUUUGUUAAUAAUUUUUUUAAUUUAAUUAAAAAAUUAAAACCAAAAAUUUGGAAGAAAAUUUUAUUAGAAAAAAAGAAAUUUAGAAAUAUUUACAAUUUUAAUUAAUUAAAAAAAAUGGAAAAAUCAAAAGAAUUGUUGAACCGUGUCUUAUAUAAAAUAUAUUAACGAUUUACAUUGUUGUGUUUCGAGUCCAGAAAUAACACAGAAUCGUAAUAGAAAUUAGAAA